GACGUGUUCCCACGAGAAGUGGCUAGUAUAGCUAGCUGGGUAGAGCCGGGUAGUGACUAAGAGGCCAUAUCAGGAUGUCAGAAGGGGACAGUGUUGGAGAGUCAAUCCAUGGGAAACCAUCUGUAGUUGCUGCCUUUUUUACAGGGAUCGGACAGCUCUAUCAGACAUGGCUUGACAGAUCAACACCCUUCUAUGCAGUGCGAUGGGCGCUCACUUUACUACUUACUGCAAUCUACAUGAUCAGAGUGUACAUACUACAGGGUUGGUAUAUAGUAACAUACGCUUUGGGAAUCUACCACCUCAACCUGUUCAUUGCGUUUCUGUCGCCAAAAGUGGAUCCUUCAUUACUUGAUGAAGAUGAGGGCCCAUCCCUUCCGACCAAGCAGAACGAGGAGUUCCGCCCUUUCAUCAGGAGAUUGCCUGAAUUCAAAUUCUGGCACUCUGCGACAAAAGGCAUCGUCAUCGCCAUGAUUUGCACGUUUUUCGAGGCCUUUAACGUUCCAGUGUUCUGGCCAAUACUCGUAAUGUACUUCAUCAUGCUCUUUUGCAUCACCAUGAAGAGGCAGAUUAAGCAUAUGAUCAAGUACAGAUACCUGCCCUUCACACAUGGGAAGAGGACAUAUAAAGGCAAGGAAGACACAGGGAAAACUUUUGCUAGUUAGGAACUCCACCUCACCCUUGCCUCAGUCUCAUUUGAAACACAUUCAUCCCAGCUAAAAGGGAGUGAUGAAGAGUAGAGAUUAUUUUUCUUUCUUUUUUUUCUAAGAUGGACAGUAACAUUGAAACGUAACGUGAAAAUUAAAGUUUUGAUCCAUAAAUGACAGUGUUGGGUGAAAAUAUGAGCAUGGAUCAACAUAGUCAUUUGCUCAUUUUUUUUUUCUUUAAGAUUGGUUUGCAUUAGUAGUUAAAUGUUAAUUUUACCCUCUGCAUUUUAUUCAAUAAGAUAGAUGAAUGUUAUUUAAGGACGAACUAAACUAGAAUAUCAUUAAAGUCAAAUUUUCUCUUUUCUGAUUCUUUCUGAUGGUUGCUGUUUUAUCUCCCAUCUUAGUCUGCCAACUUUGAAUUAAUAUGUUCUUCCUGCUUAUUUGUAACACAUUCAGUUGUACAUUAUGAACAACACAAGUUUGUUUGCAAAAAUAUGUAAUUAGAUAUUAAAUUUGAUUAAAGGAAAAAAAAUCUUAAAGAAACAUUAAAUGUUUUGGAUCUCAGUAUCUGCUGCUUUCACAUACGUUUUUUAGAUGAAUAUCAAAUGAAGUUGCCUGGAAGUGUUUAGAAACAUUGGAUUUUAAUAUGCAUUCAUUUGUCUCAAAAAACAUUGAUGCGUGAAUUUUUCAGUUAAAAUGAUGUGGUUUUGGUUUGGUUUUAGGAGGGGUACAUUUGGUUGUGCAGGUUUUUUUUUUUUAUAAUUUGACUCUAAAAUAGACUAGGUGUUAAUGUUUAAUAUUAUUUUACUUUGUCUGGAGGCUCAAUAUUUAUGAAUGCAUAUUUCAAGGAAUCUCCUUUUGUCUGUUAUCUACAUUAAAUCUGCUGGUUUUAUGUUUAUAAGCUUUCAACAUUAAGCCUUCAAAUGGGAAAUUUUCAUAACUUUACUACAUAACUCUUUGACUUUCAUUAUUCUUUAUAUUUAAAAAAAAAAAAAGGACAGUUUUCCUCCAAAGUG